AGGAAAAUAUCUUGUUCGCUAUCCACAUGGCUCUGUAAACAUUGGACUUUUUCUUCUACUCCUGUGGAAGUUAGACGAAAAUAUUUUAUUUAAUUCGAUUCUGGAUGCAACUAAUGGUUUUUCAUGGUUGAAUGGUCUUCUAGCUAUGAAGAGACAAGCAGUUUUAAUCGUUUUUUUCAUUACUAUAUUUCAGUUUACAGUUGCUGUCAAGAAUAAAGAUAAAGAAGCUUUAAUAAAGAAUAAUAGAAAUACUCGCGAAUACAAAACUCUUCGUGAGCUGCUCGGGAAACCGAAAGAUAACCCUGCUGCGGCAAAAGCCAUCAAAGGAACCAAGAAAACAACUCGGUUACAUAAAAUCUGUUCAUGGAAAAAACACAUGAAAAAUGAACCAGAUGAAUGGGCCGAGGACAAGAAGGUCUAUGAUAAGCUGAUAUGUGGUAUGUAUACCAUGAAGGACGAGUACAAGAAACAUGCCAACACAGCGGCUAUGAUUCUUGCGGGCAAGCACAAGGACAAAUCGUACGAAGAGCAAAAGAAAUACUUGUUUGACGCGGUGACCAGGAUGGCUAAGGCAGCAGGGCCGUUACCUCCUCUAAAUCUAAAAAUGAUCGGGAAAUAAAUACUUUGUAUAUAAAAUGCAACAUAUAUUAGUACAUUAUAAAAAUGCAGGCAGCAUACAGGUACGAUACAAUCCCAAGCUUGGCAUGCCGGCAUAGAGGCUACAGAGGCCGGUAUAGAACCAUCACGUGAUGGCAGCCAUGGCAGGAGGCAGGAACAAUCCGAAUCAGGUUUAAUCUGAUUUACA